GGGGGGGGGUAAAGAAAUGCAGCCGCCGCGGCCUGGGAGCCGCUCCCGCCGGGUGAGUGGAGAGGAACCAUGUCUUCGUCCGUGGACCCGCUGUUCAAGCAGGUUUUGAUGAAGAAAAGUUCGGAAAGGACUCGCCAGGAUUUAGAAGUUAUAUACUCUCAUCUCCAUGGCAUGGAUGACUUGUCUAAUUUGAGGGAACAUCAGCUCAGAUUGAUGUGCACAACUGUGCGUUAUGAAAGACAUGAUGCAAAUGAAGUCUUGUUCUAUCCUAACAGCAUUGCCACUUGCUGGUACAUCCUCCUUUCAGGAUGUGUAUUUAUCAAAGAGUCGAUGUAUCUUCCACGUUGCAGCUUUGGCAAGCAGUCUGCAGGAAGCCUGAGACGAAGUGAAUGCAUCGUUUUGGAGCCUUCAGAAAUGAUUCUGGUGGAAAAUAUAAGCGAGAGUGAGGAGAAAAAUCUUCGGAGGGAAGUUACCCACCGUCAGUCUCGUCGGCGAUUCAGGAAGAUCAACUUGAAGGGAGAGCGGCAAACAAUCACAGACGAUGUGGAUUCCUACCCUACAGACAGACCAUCACUGAACAGUACUUAUCACAUGCUUCCUGCAGAUCUUUCCAAGAUGCACCUCACAGACAAUCUACAUUCACAGGGUAAACAUGUGCCUUCCAGCCAGUCCGGGUGCAGUUUUGCCAGUGACUCUGGGAGCAGCAGCCUGUCGGAUAUCUAUCAGGCCACAGAGAGUGAAAUGGGGGAUGUAGAUCUAACUGGACUCACAGAGACUGCAGUCGACUCGGAGGAAGAGGAGGAAGAUGAAGAGGACAUUGACCGAGCCUCUGAUUCACUGAUGGGGAGGGAUGUUGUUCGCGAGUGUCUGGAGAAAGACCCUACAGACCGUACUGAUGAUGACAUUGAGCAAUUGCUCGAGUUCAUGCAUCAGCUCCCUGCCUUUGCCAACAUGACCAUGUUUGUCAGGAGAGAACUGUGCUCAGUCAUGAUAUUUGAAGUGGUUGAACACGCAGGAGCAAUAAUAAUUGACGAAGGAAAAGAGCUGGAGUCCUGGUAUGUCAUUCUAAAUGGCUCGGUUGAAAUCACUGAUUCCAGCAGUAGGAUUGAAAUACUUUGCAUGGGAAACAGUUUUGGUAUUUUGCCCUCUUUGGAGAAACAGUACAUGCAUGGAGCUGUUAGGACCAAAACAGAUGAUUGUCAGUUUGUAAGCAUAGCUCAGCAGGACUAUUGCCGGAUCUUAAAUCAAGUCGAGAAGAAUACCCACAAAGUGGAGGAGGAAGGGGAGAUUGUGAUGGUCAAAGAGCACAGAGAACUGGAUCGCAGUGGAACACGAAAAGGGCACAUAGUCAUAAAGGGAACACCAGACAGACUUAUCAGACAUUUGGUUGAAGAACAUUCCAUUGUGGAUCCCACAUACAUAGAGGACUUCCUGUUAACAUACAGGACAUUUCUGUCAAGUCCAAUGGAGGUUGGGAACAAAUUGCUGGAGUGGUUUAACGUUGAAAGCCUCAGGGACAAGGUCACGCGGGUUGUGCUGCUGUGGGUGAACAACCACUUUAAUGAUUUUGAAGGAGAUCCUGCCAUGACCAGUUUUCUCGAGGAGUUUGAAAAUAAGUUAGAAAUUGCGAAAAUGAAAGGACAUCUCAGGUUGCUUAAUAUUGCUUGUGCGGCUAAAGCCAAAUGGAGGCAGAUAACUCUGCUGAAACCUUCCCGAGAGUCACCAUUGUUCUUUAACCUCCUUGGUGGCAGUGAGAGAAGUUUUGGUAUCUUCGUGGAAAGUGUGGAGCAAGGCAGCAAAGCUGCCGAGACCGGGCUUAAACGAGGUGACCAGAUUAUGGAAGUGAAUGGACAGAACUUUGAGAAUAUCCAAUUCACGAAAGCCCUAGAGAUUCUGAAGAACAACACGCAUCUGUCCAUCACUGUGAAGACAAACAUAUUUGUCUUUAAGGAGCUGUUAAACAAACUGAAUCAGGAGAAAAAAAAUGGGGUUCCUCAUAUUCCCAAAAUCGCAGAAAAAAAGGGUAACCGUUACUCCCAUCCAGAUUUGCACGGGGACAUGGAGCACAUGUUCCCUCCUGAAAAAGAAAACAAGAAGAUGAAGGCCAACACUGUGUCAGGCAGCCGAAACAGGAUCCGGAAAAUACUUGACAAGACACGGUUUAGCAUUUUGCCACCAAAACCAUUCAGCGAUGCCGGAGUGAGUCAAUCGCAAGACGAUAGUUUCGUUGGAACAAGACAGUUAAGGCACAGUGUUGCCAUAAUGCCUUUCCCUGGAACACUCUCAUCAAGUAGCCCUGACCUGUUGCAACCUGCUACCAGCAUGCUUGAUUUCACAAAUCCAACAGCUGCUGGCUUUUAUAACAUACCUGAUCAAGUCAUCCGAGUUUUCAAGGCAGAUCAGCAAAGCUGUUACAUCAUUAUAAGCAAGGAUACCACUGCGAAAGAGGUGGUAACCCAUUCCAUCCAUGAAUUUGGUUUGACUGCACCCCCUGAGACCUACUCUCUGUGUGAGGUUUCCAUCAGCUCUGAAGGUGUCAUUAAGCAAAGGCGACUUCCUGAUCAGCUCUCAAAGCUGGCUGACCGGAUCCAACUCAAUGGCAGGUAUUAUCUGAAGAACAAUAUGGAGACAGAGACUCUUUGCUCAGAUGAAGAUGCCCAGGAGCUGUUGCGGGAAAGUCAGAUAACUUUGCUACAGCUCAGCACCAUUGAAGUAGCCACUCAACUCUCUAUGCGAGAUUUUGAAUUGUUCCGUAACAUAGAGCCCACUGAGUAUAUAGAUGACCUGUUCAAGCGAGAGUCAAAAUCUGGAAAUGCUCACCUCAAGCAGUUUGAGGACAUCAUCAAUCAGGAGACCUUUUGGGUGGCUACUGAGAUUCUGAAGGAAGUUAUUCAGUUGAAAAGGAUGAAGAUAAUUAAACAUUUCGUCAAAGUUGCCCUGCACUGUCGAGAGUGCAAGAACUUCAACUCCAUGUUUGCAAUCAUCAGUGGCCUAAACCUUGCGCCAGUUGCACGCCUUAGAGGCACUUGGGAAAAACUACCCAACAAGUAUGAGAAGCUACUUCGGGACCUUCAAGAUCUCUUUGACCCUUCUCGAAAUAUGGCAAAAUAUCGAAACGUACUCAGCAGCCAGAGUCUUCAGCCACCAAUCAUUCCACUGUUCCCUGUAGUCAAAAAAGACCUCACUUUUUUGCACGAAGGAAAUGAUUCCAAGGUGGAAGGUUUGGCAAACUUUGAGAAACUGCGGAUGAUUGCUAAAGAGAUUCGACAUGUUGUCCGAAUGACAUCAGUGAACAUGGAUCCGGCGAUUAUGUUCCGACACAGGAAGAAGAGAUGGAGGAGUUUGGGGUCUUUGAGUCAGGGCAGCACCAACUCCAAUGUGCUGGAUUCAGUGCAAGUCGGAGGGCACAAGAAGAGAGUAAGACGCAGCUCCUUACUCAAUGCUAAGAAGCUCUAUGAGGAUGCACAGAUGGCUCGGAAAGUAAAGCAGUAUCUCUCGAACCUAAACGUGGAGACUGACGAAGAGAAAAUCCAAGUAAUGUCACUGCAGUGUGAGACCGCCUACAGUACACUGAGCAAGAAUUUUGGAGAGAGGCGAUCGUAUAAAGGUUCAGAUAUGUCUCCAGUAACUAUGAGGUCACCUUGUCAUCAAGGAAAGCACCAACCACAGCAACGGAUAAGCCAAGUCUUGCAGGUGCCAACGGUGGCUUUAUACCCAUCCCGCAAGAAAUCGCAAGUCAAGGAACUCCCUGCAGUUGGCUCCAAUUCCCCACAGUCUACAAAGAAGAAUCUGGCCUUGUCUGAGGACAUACCAACAGACACAUGUAAAAAAAAUGCAGAAGAUGCCAUGUCAACAGCAUCAUCGCAACUCUCCACACCUCCCGUGUCUCCUCAGAGUUCUCCCCGAAAAGUAGUGCCGAGGAGAGCGAGCCGUUGCAUGAGAUUGAAUAGUGGGAAGCUGCAUGUUGCUUUCAACCUAGCACCCAUUACAAGGACGGACAACUUCUCCGACUCAAGCCACAGUGAGAUAUCAUCGCGCUCCAGCAUCGUCAGCAACUGCUCUGUUGAUUCCAUGUGUGCCACGACGCAGGAUGAGAGGUGCUUCCAUCCAUCAAUUGAUAUCCCGGACACGGUGGAAGAGGUUGGAGGAACCAAUGUGCCAUCAGCGGUAAAUUCCCAUCAAUCCUACACAAGGGAAAGCUGGGCAUCUUCAACAAGUUCUCAUUUGGGCAAGUUUGCAUCAGACACUGGAACCAUAAAACGGAUAGGCUUGCACGAAACCAAAGAUGGAACACCUGUGUACAGCGCAGCUAUCUCAGACUCUAAGCCAAAAGUUGACACCUCUUACAAAGCUGUUACUUCAAGCACAGAAAAAGGUCUUAUAGUGUAUUGUGUUACUGCAGCACAAAGGGACGGUAGGUAUAGAGAGCCACCGCCCACCCCACCAGGAUACGUGGGAAUUCCAAUAGCAGAUGUUAAGGAAGGAGGACGUCACCAUCCACACUUAAAACCUCCAGACUAUAAUGUGGCUUUGCAAAGGUCGCGGAUGGUACCACAGCCAUGCGACCCAACAAGACCAGCGGUUCCCAUUGCUAGCCAACCUACUUCAAGCAAGCAACCUAGAGGGCCGGGCCAUCCACAGUGGCGUAAACUCUCUGAGACCGAUCCUAGACUAGUUCAACUUAACCAUCAAGAUCUUCAAGGUAACGAAGAUGAUGAAGAUGAACAGGUUUCUGCGGUCUGAAUGUUUCAGUUUACUUUGCGAAAUCAACGCAGGACCUGUUACGGACCACAUUGCUCUAUUUCCACACUGCAGGCAGCUGUUUUACACCUUCUUUCGGCCUUAAAAGUAUGUCCUGUGUGCGAGUGCUGUCCUGCAUGAGACGAAACAGUGAGAACUUGUCUGUGUUGUUUUAGUGAACAGAACCUGAAUAUAUCUUCAAUCUCAAAACAGAUACAACAAAAGUUCUAUCCUGGUAUUUAAUUAAGGUCCUGUCCCUGGUAUAUUUUGUCUCUUGCCAAAUUAUUUUUUUAAUUUUCAAAAUGUUAGAUGUUUGGCUGUUUAAUGAAAUUUAAUUUAAAAAGUUGUAAGUAAAUGCAGCCAUGUGCAUAACUGGAAUAUGACCAUAGAUGGUGUACAAAUAACUAGACUGGUUUUGGCGAGAUGUCAUUGAACUCAUUUGAAGCUGUACAGCUAAACAACUCUACUCUGUUAUAAAUUGCAGUCCAAUUCAGUGACUCUUCAAUAUAUAUAUAUCAUGAAUUAGAUAAACAAUUCAAUUCAGAAUAAUAUGAUUUAGUGUCAAUAUUUAUACAGAAUGUUCACUAUAUUGAUGUGCAGAUUGCAGAUUUGUUUCACGGUUCCAUGGACAGUUCCAUCCACGCUCAAUUCUGGUGCAUUUCUGCGUUCUGGGAAUACACAAUCACACGUGGUAUAAAUCCAGAUUACUGAAGCUUGAUGGCCACAAGACCGAGGCCUAUCUUAAAUAAGUUGGCCGUUGGCAAUAUGUUCUCCACUACACCAAGCCUCAAAGCCAAUGAUGGUCUGUUUGUAUCUCAAAGGUUGUUGUUAGGAAAUGAAGCACGUUGGAACACCGAUCACUUUUGUGUGUGUGCGUGUGUGUGUGUGCGUGCGUGUGUGUGAGUGAGUGUGGGGAGGUGGUGUAUAUGGAGGCUCCAGUAUUUGUUUGGGACGAUGAGUGUUGCUGGUGGGGAAAUAUAUUUCACUCUAUUUAAAUAGAUCAUUUACAUCAAUAAUCUUUGUGUUCGGAAACAAAUUCCAUCUUCUCCCACAACACUGCUAAUGAUCAAAUUAAUCAUCAGCUCCUAGAAUAACGUCUUCAGAAAAUCCACUCUUUAUAAAAUGACUUUCUGAUGAUCUAGUUAUUUGUAUAUGUAUAUGUUCAUAUGUGUAAGUAAAAUAACUAUAUUUUCGUCAACAGAAACCUCCAAAAUCUUGAUUUCUUAUACUGGCCCGUUGUAAAUUACUUGACUUUUUUAAAUGCAUUUAUUGUGACGCUGUUGUCUACACCUUAAUUGGUGAAGAGUUUACAAUAUGAUCAAAGUUAUUGUAUUUAAUGAUUUGUUUUGCCAGAAUUAGUUCCAUUUUCUGGAUUGUGAUUGGCCAUCAAUUGUAAUUAGGAAUCUUGACAACAAUUCCUUGUGCCUUUAUUUAAUAGUUGGGCUGCAAGAUUUCUGAAGCAAUGUAUUAAAUGAUUUUUAAACAACUGAAACAAAGACAGUAUUAAAAAAUGGCAGAAACUUUUUUCUUAAGUAAGUUCCUGCCCCCACAAAUGUAAAUAAAUUGAGAUAUAAAAAUUAAGAAAAAUGUAAACCUGAUUACUUUUCCAUUUAUGCAGAUUAAACAACGUGGCUUGCAUCAGUUUGUCCUGCUCUGCGACUCUUUGGAAAUUUAGCUGAUCAUAUUGAUCAGUACAUUAAAAAAGAUUGUGUAGUGUUUAAAAGUAGCAGCCUAUUAGUGCUUUAUUUAAACAUAAUUUAAAACUCCUCAGUCUUUGGGUGAUUAUGUGUAUUUUUUUCCACAGAGUCAUUUGUUAAUGGUAAUUUGGGCUUUAUUUUUGAUAUUUCUGGAGUGCACUUCAUGGAUUAUGUGUAUUCAUAUCAAAUCAGAAGUUAAGCAUAUUGAAUAAGCUGCACAAUCAUUAUAAGUAUACAGGUAUUAAAUAUUCUGCACAUGUCCAUUCACAAGAAGUAAUUGUAAAGUAUAAUGUAAUUUGACUAAUGUUUUUCUCAUACUUUUGAUACGACUUGUAACUUAUGUCUUUCAGAAAGACAGUCGAUGUGUCUGUAUGCUUUUUUUGUACCAGUGAUUGUACAUAUUUGUUAUAUUUUUGUUGAACAGAUGGUAGAAGAUGUACUGUUUAUUCUGAAUCCAUUAAAAUGAAGUUGUAAACUAAUAAAUAAUGAUGUCUGACCAGAA